UCGAUGAAACCGACUCUGCUGGCAAUUGUAAGAUCCGUGAAAUGGCAAAUUCAAAGAAACAAACGAGAGAGGAAAGAUUGAGAAAAAAGAGGCUUGCAGAAAAAAGAAGAUACGAAAAAAUCAAAAAUAACGAAGAAUUAUGGAAAGAAAAGCAAGAAAAAAAUAGGCUCAGCUACAUACGUAGAAAAGAAGAAAAGAAACAGCUACUUAUAAGUGAAAUGAAUCCCAGACAACAGAGAUUACAACGAAAGAGAUGGAGAAAAAAUUUCAAGUCAUAUUACGAACGAAAAAAGCAAGAAAACAGAACUGCUGCUUUGCUUGCAGAGAAUACCCCCCCCAUUAAGUCCCAGUAUUUUAUCGAAUAAUGAACUGAUACCUCAAGAAGAAAGCAUGCGUGAGUCGCCAACACUAGAAAUUCCGUUCAUAAAUAGGUACACGAUAUCACCCAUACCAGGACCAUCUAGGGUUUUACGCACUAUGUCCCACAAAAGGAAUGAUCUAUCUGAACCAGACAUAACUACACCGACUACGACUUCUCCUUCUUGUCAUCAACUAGUAUCAUCUCCCAUAAGGCGUUUACGCUACAAAAAAGAUAAAGAGAUUUCCAAUCUUAAACAAAUUAUAAUUAAUAUGAAGAGACAGAAUGAACGUUACCGUAAACAAUUGCAUAGAUUCAAAACGAUUAAAAAAGAAAAUUCUACAGUUUCAUCAUUAACACUAACUAAACCAAAAAAGAAUAUUAUUAGUACCAAAACUGAAAUUGAAUUAUUUUUUGAGGACGAUGAAAAUAGUCGUCUUUGUUCUGGCAGAAAAGAAUUUAUAGUGAGAAAGAAGAUCCGUAAACAGAAAAGAUACCUCAAUGAUAGUCUACUUAAUCUACAUAAAAAGUUUCUUAAAACUUCGAACUUCACUACAGUAAUAGCGAUGUAGAUUUUAAUAUAUUUUAGUAGAAAAUUUGACUUAAUCUUAUCAUGAGAUCUCAUGAUCAAAAUUCCUGACUUUUUGUUUUCAAUAAAGUAGUGAGAAAUUAUGUUAUGUUUAAAGACUGAUUUAUAAUGAUAAUUUAACUAGAAGUAUGAUGAUGUAUUAAUUUAACUUUUGUUUUGUUUUACCUGAUUUUAAAGAAUGUAUCAGAACCCUCAGUGAAAUCGC